AUGUUACGUGCUACGAAGGGUUUCACAUUUUUCUCCAAGUUAUAUGCUUCAACUACAUCUUCUCACUAUGACGUCAUAGUCAUUGGCGCUGGAUCAGGUGGACUGGCAUUCUCAAAGAAAGCAUCAGAUUUAGGAGCACGAGUAGCAUUAAUUGACGCUGUUGAAGCUUCUCCGCAUGGGACAACAUGGGGAAUUGGUGGAACGUGUGCUAAUGUAGGGUGUAUUCCAAAGAAGCUAAUGCAUACAGGAGCUCUUGUUGGUAAAACAGUUAAACAAGCUCAUGCGUAUGGAUACGGAAAUAUACCUGAGAAGUUGGAGUUUGAUUGGAAACGAUUAUCUCAAAUAGUUAAUGAUCGUGUCAAAGCAAACAAUUGGGUGUAUCGCGUGCAGUUGAACGAAAAGAAAAUCAACUAUAUCAAUGGAUUUGCUUCAUUUGUUGAUAAGAAUACUGUGCGAGUGACUCAGGGAGGAAAAAAGAAAGUGGAAAAAACUCUGACAGCUCAGAAUGUUGUUGUCGCAACUGGGCUCAGACCCCGAUACCCUCAGAUAGAAGGAGCACAUCUCGGUAUAUCUUCUGAUGAUAUAUUCACGUUGGAAAAAAUCCCUGAACGUAUAAUAGUAGUUGGCGGGGGAUACAUAGCUUUAGAAACAGCUGGCUUUCUUAACAGCUUUGGAUGUUCCGUUGACGUACUGAUACGAUCAGAGCCGUUGAAAGAAUUCGAUAAGGACUGUGUCAGCAAAGUCAUAUUAAAUAUGAAGAAACAUGGAGUGAACUUCGUACAAGGCUCCGAGGUUGAGAAAGUUAAGAAGUCGGGAGACCGAUUAGAAGUAACACUCACCAACAGUUCGGUACAAGAAUGCGAUGCAGUCAUGUGGGCUAUAGGCCGUCAGCCCGUACUUCACUCAUUAGCAUUAGAGCGCAUUAACUUGGAACUCUCGCAUAAUAAUAAAAUAGUCGUUAAUGAGAAAGAUGAAACGAAUGUUGAUGGAGUGUAUGCUUUGGGAGAUAUAUCUCAGGGAAGACCAGAGUUAACUCCUACAGCUAUAAUGGCAGGUCAGUUGCUGGCCGGACGUUUGUAUGGGAAUUCAAAUGCACUGAUGAACUAUGAUCAGGUGCCAACAACAGUGUUUACACCUUUGGAACUGGCAACUGUAGGUCUCACAGAGCAGGAAGCCCUGAGUACUUAUGGCGAGGAUGCAAUUGAGGUUUAUCAUUCAGAGUUUGUUCCGUUUGAAUUUGUUGUCCCUCAAGACGAUGAUCGUUCAGAAUGUUAUACAAAGGUGAUCUGUAUGAGAAAUGAACCGAAAACUGUAUUAGGAAUACACAUAGUCAGUCCAAAUGCUGCAGAAAUAAUCCAAGGCUAUGCCGUUGCUUUAAGAAAAGGAAUCACGUUCGAUGAUAUCAUAGGAACUGUGGCUAUUCAUCCAUGCAGUUCGGAAGAAAUCGUCAAACUAUCAAUUACGAAGAGAAGUGGCCUCAGUCCUGCUGUGCAAGGAUGCUGUGGAUGA